AUGAAUUGGGAUCUGACAAUUAGAGAGGAUAAGUUUGUUGCUCUCACUGCAACUAGUGCUACAGAUGAGAUGGCUUAUCAAAAGGACUGGGAACUCUCUAACAAUUUUUGUAAGUCUCUCGUUAAGGCUCACAUUAGUCAGAGCAUUAAGGUGUUUAUUCCUAAAUGUGAUACCAUCAUGGAAUAUUUUAAGGUCAUAGAAUCCCAGUUUUUCAGUUCUGAUAAAGCAGUUGCCAUGACACUCAUUUGUCAGUUCAACUCUAUUAAGUACAAUCCAAAACGACCCAACCCAUCAGAACUCCAUCUACCACAACUACAAGAACCCUCCCCACGCCCUUUCUAUACUUCUAACCCUUCGACUCCACAAUUCACAACUCACAACUCUCUCAAAACAAAGAAAGAAAGAGAAAAAGAGCAAUACCCACAAUCUCUCAAACUGGCGAUCGACAACCAAGAACCCACUAUGAAGGAGAUCAAACCUAAGAACAGAAGAAUCAUGGGAGCUGGAGGACCAGACGACGAUGACAGCAGGUGGCCUCCAUGGUUGCGCCCUCUUCUUCAGACUACCUUCUUCGUUCAAUGCAAGUUACAUGCCGACUCCCAUAAGUCGGAAUGUAAUAUGUACUGCUUGGAUUGUAUGAAUGGCAGCCUCUGCUCUCUCUGCCUCGCCUAUCACAAAGACCAUAGAGCCAUUCAGAUAAGGAGAUCUUCAUACCAUGAUGUGAUUAGGGUUAAUGAGAUUCAGAAGGUAUUGGACAUUGGCGGAGUCCAGACUUACAUUAUCAACAGUGCCAGAGUCGUCUUCCUUAAUGAACGCCCUCAGCCUAGGCCAGGCAAAGGUGUAACCAACAUUUGUGAGGUCUGCGAACGAAGCCUUCUCGAUUCCUUCCGAUUCUGUUCUCUGGGUUGCAAGAUUGUGGGUUCUUCCAAGAACUUCAGGAAGAAGAAACGUCAUCAGGGUUUGGCUUCAGAUGAAGAAGAAUCUUACAGUAGCAGCAGUAGCCAUGGAAAUGAGAAGAAAAAAGUUCAGAGCUUCACCCCUUCGACGCCGCCACCAACUGCGGUAAAUUACAGAACUGCCAAGCGGAGGAAGGGAAUUCCUCACAGAGCACCAAUGGGAGGACUCAUUAUACAAUAUUAGAAGUCUUUACUCUUUUUGUUUAAUUACCCCUGAUAUCCUCAUAUACGAAGUAAAUAUCACAAUGCCCCCUUGUUUUCAAUCAGCUUUUCAUGUUUUUCCCCGUGCAACACGCGAGCUUUUACCGAGUUAGACAGGAGGCCGGUGCUGUGGGAGACAAGAGAAGGAGACUACAAAAUAUCUGAUGUACAUAGCAAAGAAAUGUGAAAGGUUAAAAGGGCUCAAAGAAUAAGACGUGAAGAGGCGAGGAGGUGAAUAAGAUCUGUAGGAGGAGUUGUAAGUGAAAAUAGAUUGGUAUAAGCUUAGAUAAGGGUAAUAUACUUGAGUUUUUUUUGCCUUUUUGGUAAGGAAUAUACUUAAGUUUUGUUGAAGUCAUAAUUGGGGUGGGAAAAUGUAAAUAUAAUUUGUGAGUAGGGAGUAAAAUGUAGUACUGGAUAUAGCAAUGUGUCUCUAAUUAUAUAAACAGGAAAUGCAGUGAAAUAAAAGAUGUACCAUCCAUGUCUAUUCUAUUGCUUUGUGCCUACUGCCUAAUAAAUUUUGAAAGUUUUCGAUCGA